CUCUCUUUGAUUGGGCGCCUGCCUUUCGCAGUUUGCUAUUUCCCGGUCAGAAGUAGUUUCGUUUUCUGCAGAAGCGGAGAAGGCAGGCAGGGGAAUUUGUGGCUGUGGUAGUGUCCCAUUUGACUGCGAGGAUGAGUCAGUGGUAUAAACUACAGCAGCUGGAUUCCAAAUUUUUGGAACAAGUGCACCAGCUCUAUGAUGAUAGCUUUCCGAUGGAAAUCAGACAAUACCUGGCACAGUGGCUGGAGGGCCAAGACUGGGACCAUGCCAGCAGUGAUAUUUCGCUGGCAACCUUGUUGUUCCAGAACCUUUUGUCACAGCUGGAUGACCAAUACAGCCGGUUCACACAGGAGAACAACUUUCUGUUGCAGCACAACAUCCGAAAAAGUAAAAGGAACCUACAGACUACUUUCGAGGAAGACCCCAUGUACAUGGCCCUGAUGAUCUCCAAGUGUUUAUAUGAAGAAAGGAAAAUCCUCCAAGCUGCUCAGUCAGCAGAACAGGUGCAGGUAGGAAAUGUUCAGAAUACAGGAACACUGUGUCGGGUGAAGGAACGAGACAGCAAAGUGAAAGGCGUGAAGGACAGUGUCACAGAAAUAGAGCAGCUCAUCAAAACUCUGGAGGAUGCCCAAGAUGAAUAUGACUUCAAAUAUAAAACCUUGCAGGUCAGAGAAGGAGAAGCCAAUGGCAUGACCCAGGAUGAUUGCAAAAAGGAAACAUUGCAGCUCCACACCAUGUAUUUGCAGGUUCACAACAUGAGACAGGAUGUGCUUCGCAUGAUCACGGCUGCACUGAAUUUAGCAGAACACACUCAGAAUGUUUUGAUCCAAGAGGAACUUGUGGAAUGGAAGAGUCGGCAACAGAUUGCUUGCAUUGGAGGCCCACCAAAUGCCUGUCUAGACCAGCUUCAAAACUGGUUUACCACUGUAGCUGAGAGUCUUCAGCAGAUUCACCAGCAGCUGAAAAAACUGGAGGAGCUGGAGCAGAAAUUUUCAUAUGAAACAGAUCCCAUCCCACAGCAGAAGCAAGGACUGUAUGACCGGACACUGAGUCUUUUCAAUCAGCUCAUUCAGAGUUCCUUUGUGGUAGAAAGGCAGCCUUGCAUGCCUACACAUCCCCAGAGGCCGCUGGUUUUGAAGACUGGAGUGCAGUUUACAGUUAAGCUGAGAUUGCUGGUGAAACUACAAGAGCUGAACUACAAAUUGAAAGUCCAGGUUGUGUUUGAUAAAGAUAUUGGUGAGAAAAACCCCCCAGUGAAAGGGAUUAGAAAAUUCAAUAUCUUAGGAACAAAUACCAAAGUGAUGAACAUGGAGGAGUCAAAUGGAAGCCUGUCAGCAGAAUUUAGACAUUUGCAAUUGAAGGAACAGAAAAACGUUGCAAGGACUAAUGAGGGACCUCUCAUAGUAACAGAGGAACUGCAUUCUCUCUCUUUUGAGACUACACUGGAACAGGGUGACACCAACAUUAAACUAGAGACAACCUCCCUUCCUAUUGUUGUGAUUUCCAACGUCAGCCAGCUGCCAAGUGGAUGGGCAUCCAUUUUGUGGUACAACAUGUUGACCAAUGAGCCAAAGAAUGUAUUCUUCUUCCUUAACCCUCCUUGCGCAAGGUGGUCUCAGCUUUCUGAUGUCCUGAGUUGGCAGUUUUCUUCCGUCACCAAAAGAGGACUCAAUGUAGAUCAGCUAAACAUGCUGGGAGAAAAACUUCUUGGUGGUGGAUGCAACUCGGAUGACCUUAUUUCGUGGGCACGGUUCUGUAAGGAAAACAUAAAUGAUAAAAAUUUCCCCUUCUGGUUAUGGGUUGAAGGAAUACUUGAACUCAUUAAGAAACACCUCCUCUCCCUCUGGAAUGACGGGAGUAUAGUGGGUUUUAUCAGCAAAGAGCGGGAGCGGGCCCUGCUGAAGGGUAAAGCAAAUGGUACUUUUCUCCUGAGAUUCAGCGAAAGUAGCCGAGAAGGUGCAAUCACCUUUACCUGGGUAGAAGGACCAGCACAUGAUCCUGACUUCCACUCGGUGGAGCCCUACACACGGAAGGAACUCACUGCCGUUAGUCUCCCUGAUAUCAUUCGCAACUACAAAGUGAUGGCAGCUGAGAAUAUUCCUGAAAAUCCACUGAAGUUCCUUUAUCCAGAGAUCCCCAAGGACAUUGCAUUUGGCAAAUACUACAGCAGACCUAAAGACUCCGCAGAACCCAUGGAUGUUGAUGGCGGAGGGAAAGGAUACAUCAAAACUGAACUAAUCUCUGUGUCUGAAGUCCAUCCUUCCAAACUGCUUACCACCGAGAACCUCUUGCCUCUGUCUCCUGAAGAUUUUAGUGAAGUUGCACGAGAGAUAAGCCCUACAGAACUUAUGAUAUGUUCAGAAUAUGCAACUUAAGGGUUUGCUGAACUGAUCCACGACAAAGCUUGUAAUUUUGUUACAUAUUAUCUACCUGUUAGUUUGCAGCUGCUUGAGCACUUUCUUAAGGCUUUAGAGUUUGUAGUGUGUGCUUGCCCUCUAUUAGUAUACUCUACAGCCCUUUGUGUAGUCAAGAGUCACUUGAAAACAUAGGAAGGCAUCCUUGUCUCCAAGGAUAAAUGUUUAGCUAACCAUCUUGCGUGUAGCAUUUCCCUGCUGCCCUAUUCAGUGACAAUCUAAACCAGUGGUGGCGGACCUAUGCCAUGUGUGGCAGAAGGGGCACGUAUGACAGAAGGAGCAUGCAACGGCCUCUCUCCUGGCACGUGUGUCAUCGCCCACUCCCUUCUUCGCCCACUUCUCGCUCGCCCUCUCUUGCUUGCCUUGUUUGCUCGCUCCCACUUCCUUGGCCACCCGCCUCCCCCCGCUUGCCCGCUUGCUUGCCCACCCCCAGCCCGUUCACUCACUCCGAAUGCCCCCAGUCCCCGUCCCCCGUCCCAGUUUGGGUUCUCAGUCUCUAAAAGGUUCGCCAUCACUGGUAUAAACGUAGGUGGAUGAUACACAUUUUAGUAAGUGUUUCAAAAAGAGUGUUCGUUGCAUACUUGUGUAGUUGAAACUUUGUAAUGGUUGAGAGGUAUUAUGAAUCAGAAGAAAUGCCUGUUCUUCUAGAAACUGGGAGCAAGCUACAUAACAAGGUCAUACUUCUUUUGAGUGGUAAGCACGCUCAUUAGUUGCCUUUCGACUGGCAAUAAAUGGUGCCCUUGGAACCAAUGAAACUAUAAUAUACAGA